AUGGGCUCAUCCGACUCUCCCAUCCUCGUCAACAAAGGGGUACCAAAUAUCCCGUACUUCACCCCGGCCCAUGCCUCAGAUCCUGGGACGCCAUUUACCCCAUCUGCCGAUACCCCAACGCUGUUCACGCCUCUCAAGAUCCGCUCCAAGACCCUGCGCAACCGCAUAAUCGUGGCGCCCAUGUGCCAAUACUCGACUGCUUCUUCCGGUCCGGACAUUGGGAAACUUACCGACUACCACAUCGCAACACUGGGUCAUUACGCUCUAAAGGGCGCGGCAUUGGUGUUUAUCGAGGCAACGGGCGUGCAGCACAAUGGGCGCAUCAGCCCGUAUUGUCCUGGCCUAUGGAAUGACGCUCAGACCCAAGGUGUGAAGCGUGUUUCGGACUUUGUCAAGUCACAGGGUGCCCUUUCCGGGAUCCAACUCGCCCACGCCGGACGCAAGGCGAGUACCCUGCCGCCGUGGAUUUCGUCAUCUCUCAAGAGACCGUCGGUGCGCGCGGACAAGAGUGCUGACGGAUGGCCGGAAGAUGUUGUUGGGCCGAUGGGUGGGCCAGAGGAGAGCUGGGAUGGCAAAGGGUUGGCGCAAGACGGCGGCUUCUGGCCUCCGAGGCAGCUGACCGUGGAGGAGAUUAAAGACGUGGUUAAAGCGUUCGCAGACAGUGCGCGAAGGGCUGUGGAGGCCGGCAUCGACGUGAUUGAGAUCCACGCCGCCCAUGGCUAUCUAAUCCACCAAUUCCUCAGCCCUAUCACGAACAGACGCACAGACCAGUAUGGCGGCAGCUUUGAGAAUCGCACGCGUCUGUUGGUCGAGGUCAUCAAAGCAGUGCGGGCACAGAUCCCACAGGACAUGCCUCUCUUCCUGCGCGUCAGCUCGACUGAGUGGCUGGAGGAGACAAAUCUGGGCAAGCAGCUGGGGAGCUGGGACGUGGAGAGCACCAUCAAGCUUGCGCGUUUGCUACCUGGACUGGGAGUGGAUCUUCUCGAUGUCAGUAGCGGCGGGAAUCAUCCUCAGCAGCGCAUCAACAUGUUUGCGUCCAAGGACUACCAGACCAAGAUUGCCAACCAGAUCCGGCAAACGUUGAAGGCGGACCAUCUCAAGCUGUUGAUUGGCGCAGUUGGCCUCAUCACGGAAGCCGAACAAGCACGGGACAUUGUUGAAGAUAAAGCAUCGGACAAGAGUAUCGGGGAGGAAGCCAACGCCGCAAAAGAGAUGACAGAUGCCAAGGGUGGCAAGGAGCCCAUGGCGGACGUGAUCCUCGUGGCGAGGCAGUUUAUGAGAGAGCCGGAAUGGGUGUUGAAAGUGGGUUGGAAGUUGGGCGUCGAUGUUGCCUGGCCCAGCCAAUUCCUGAGGGUCAGGUUUCCGAAGCUGUAA